AUGGCUGAAAGUGUUCCUGAUCCAUUCUCGAUGGAGCCAGAUCUACUCGAUGAACAAAUGAAUGAGGAACCUGAAGAGAACAUGGAAUAUCUCGAGGUUAACGCUAACCCUGGUUAUGAUUCAAACGAACGAGAAUCAACUCCAGUACCAGAGGAGGCUGUUCCUCGUCAACCUGAUGUUUGUGUUUAUAAAGAAAAUAAACCAGAUAAAGAGUAUAUUGUGGAAACUGCAGCAGUAGAUUUAGAAGCUUUAACAGUAAACUAUACAGGACCCGCUCUUUUUGAAAGGCUGCAAUAUAUUAUCGAUCAUUGUCCUCCAUUGGAGAAGGAUGGAAUAAUUUGUUUAAUUAAUGCUCUCCGCAAAGACUCUUCCAACACAAUUCGUUAUGCUCAGUUAUUCCCACAACUUGCUGCUUUGGAUGCAACACACACAAAUUUCGAUAUACCAGUUCUUGAUGCCAUUUGGGUUGAACAGACCCAAGCAGCAUGUGGUAGUCGACUAGAUCACCUCCUAACUGAGUAUAAGAAACAGAAAGAUGAAGGAGUUAAAGAAUCAACUCGUCGAGCUAUGUUCGAGCUUUUCCAACAUUAUAAAGUUACAGGUUGUUAUGCAGAUUGUCUUAGACUAUAUGCACGUGGUAUGCGAGAGUAUUGCAGUCAAUUUAAACACAUGAUACAAAUGUAUCUCCAAUGGCUUGAAGUCAUAAUUUUUUCAAACGAAUGGGCUAGAGUAGAUCCCUUAAUAUCUAACGCAGAAAGAUGCAUCCACGAUGCCGAUGAUGCUGAAUCAAGAGACAAGACAAAUCGUACAUCAUCCUUACAAGGAUUUAAAUCUAAUCGACAACUGAUCACCUCGGGCAGAGCCAAAAUUGAUGCUAUUAGUGGAUUGUCGAAAAUCGUGGCGGGAAAGUAUAAGCAGGCUGCAGAAAAGUUCAUAAAAGUUGAUGUCGAUUUGCUAGAAUUACCUUGGAUUAUUCACUCCUCAGAAAUUGCGCACUACACUGCUUUAACUGCUUUAGCUAGUUUGGAAAGAAUUGAAAUCAAGAAAAAAGUUUUAAGCGAUGCUACCUGCCGAAAAUUCCUCGAAUCUGAACCUCAAAUUGUCGAGCUCUUACAAAACUUCGUUGGAAGUCGAUUCGGUUUGGUUUUUGAUACCCUUGCUGCUUUAACAGAUAAGCUCCGAUUGGACCCUUAUAUUGCCGAUCAUGUCGAGCGAAUGAUUGCCAUAAUACGCGAAAGAGCUCUUGUACAGUACCUAAUUCCCUUUUCUUGCGCUUCGAUUAAGGAAGUCGCUUUUGCUUUCAGAACCACAGAAGACGAGAUUGAAAGCGAAAUCGUCAGGCUUAUCGAUAGCGAUCAACUCAAAGCUAAAAUCGAUUCUAUUGGAGGCAUAGUGAGAAUGCAUCAAGCCGAUCCACGACAAGAUACUUAUAGAAAAAUUAUUGAGAACUGUGAAAUUAUGAUCGAGAGAGCACAAGUCACUUUAUUCAGAUCUCUUAUUGCUCAAACAAAACUCAACCCUUCCGAACCUCGAAACAAGAGGAAAGGUGGGUUUAAUAAUGAAGAAGGAAGUGAUAUUUUGGUAGCCAGCCGAGGAAAAAUAAACAUUUCCGGAAUAACAAAGGCCUUCAAAGCUGGGUCUUCGAAGGUAUUUUCCGAUAUUCUCCCUUUCCUCCAAGAUUCAUCUCUACAGUUGCCUCCAUCUGAGGCGGAUAGCUCGGAAGGCAGCAAUGAAGAUGCUAGAGAUUCAGAGAACUAA